UGUAGAUCUCUUGACUUGUCAGUUCAGUUUAAUAACCAUAUAAUGAAGCUCACAAGUGUAUUAACUAUUGCUUCAGUAAUUGGUAGUGCUAUUGCACAACCAUUAUCUUUAGAAAAGCGUGCUAUAAAUAAUACUGCUUUAGAAGAUGCUAUUCCAGCAACUACUAAGAAUAAUAUUCAAGCUAGUUAUGCUAAACCAUUUUCUAUUUAUCAACCUAAAGCAUUUAUUAUUUCCAUGUUUGAAUUAGAAAGAGAUCCAUGGUUAGAAUCUUUAGAUUUUAUCCAUAAUAUUACUGUUCCAGGUCUUUCACCAAUUUAUACAACAAUUCAUUGUACUACUAAUUUUACUAUAUGUCAAAUUACUACUGGUGAAGGAGAAAUUAAUGCUGCAUCAUCUGUAACUGCUUUAGGUUUAAAUCCAUUAUUUGAUUUAUCAAAGACUUACUUUUUAAUUGCAGGAAUUGCUGGUGGUGAACCUGCUUAUACCACUUUAGGAGGGGUUACAUUUGCUAAAUAUGCUGUACAAGUUGGUUUAGAAUAUCAAUUGGCAUAUCAAGAUUAUCAUGCAGAAGAGCCCGAUUGGCUUUCGGGUUAUGUACCUUAUGGAGUUGAUGGUCAAUAUACUUAUCCAGGUAAUGUUUAUGGUACAGAAGUAUUUGAAGUUAAUGAAGCUUUAAGAAAUAGAGCCGUUGAAUUGGCUUUAACUGCUAAAUUAAAUAAUGGUACUACUGCUAAUGCUCAUAUUAGAUCUUUAUACCCUGAUAAAGUAGCUCAAGAAUUACCUACCAUCUAUAAAUGUGAUGUUGUAACUUCAGAUAAUUAUUUUACUGGGAAUGUGUUGAAUGAUUAUUUUGCUAAUUUAACUAAAGUAUUAACCAAUGGCAGUGCUACGUACUGUUCUACGGCUCAAGAAGAUAAUGCCUCAUUAGAAGCUUUUACAAGAUUAGAUAAAUAUGGAUUGGUUGAUUUCGAUAGAGUCAUUGUGAUGAGAACCAUUUCCGAUUUCUCCAGACCUCCACCAUCAAUUAAUGCCGUAGAAUUCUUCUUUAAUACAUCUCAAGGAGGUAUUAGUGCAUCUCUUGAUAAUUUAGUAUUGGCUGGAACUCCUAUAAUUCAUGAUAUCCUUUCUAAAUGGGAUAGUGUUUAUGAGGCAGGAGUUAAGUAUGAGUCCAAGAAUUAUGUAGGAGAUAUCUUUGGUACUUUAGGAGGUACCCCUAACUUUGGUAAGAAGUCGUUUGAGAUUGCUUAGACCAUUUUCUUUUCUGUUUCUUUACUUCUUGCGUUACUAUUUCAUUAACUAAUAUAUGUCCA